AUGACUCAAGUAGUUGCUAAAACCCUAUUAGAGGAAAUUAUACUUCAGUAUGGAGUUCCCAAGACACUCAGCUCAGAUAAUGGCCUGGCUUUCAUUAGUAGAGUCCUACAGGGACUAGCCCAGGCUGUGGGAACUGACUGGAAAUUACAUCGUGAAUACAACCACCAGAGUUCUGGGCAAGUUCAUAACUCCCCUUAUGUCCAUGGAGUAACCAGAUUUGAAAUCAUGUAUGGGGCACCACCCCAUAUAUGCACUCAUACACUUCCAACUCUAAUGCCUGAAGAAACUAUUGAUCAUAGAACCAGCUUCCAGGCCCUUCACUGGACACAAGAAGUAAUUUGGCCUUUAGUCCAAGCACUCCAUGAGGCUAAGGACUCCUCAAACUCAGAACACGAUCUUCAGAUAAGUCCAUGUUCCUUCCUCGACAUGAUGAUGAUGGAGAUACUAGCCGUAAGCCUGUUCAUUAGUUGGGGCACCACAACGAACCUACAUCAGCCUUGUAAACAGACGUGGGUGCUCACGGAUGGAGAGACUGCUGCCUUCCUAGCCCUCAAUCAGUAUAAUCCCAAUAUAACUUCCCCUUGUUGGCUAUGUUAUGAUGUUUACCCUCCCUUCUAUGAAGGCGUAGGGCUUGAUGCCCCCUAUAACCUCUCCACAUCAGACUCUCCUCCCACGUGCCAGUGUACAGACCGUAAAGUGGGUAUAACUAUACAAAACAAUUUUUUCUUUCACUGGAAUGCCACAUGUGGAGCUCUGACCCAGAGCCUUCUUGUCACCUGGGUGGGUCUAGGUGCCGAAGAUUUGGACUGGGAGGAGCUGCUGGCGCCACCUGCUCCAAGUCAGGAUCUGGUGAUUUUGAAGAGAAGCCUAAAGCAAGAUGAAAACCCCUGCUUUCUUUACCUGAUGUGACCUAAAGGAGGCGAAGAGAUGAGUGCUGUUGGCAUUUUGAGUUCAGCAAGAAACAUGGAAGUUUACUUAGGAGAGGAGUACUGUGGAACCAGUAGGGGCAAGAAUGUGUGUACUGUCCUGGACAACAGUGAACAGGAAAAGGUUAUUUUGUAUAAAAAAUUUCUAAAGUUGGAAUCCUCCACACAUGCUUGUAUAAUAAAGUUGCUCCCUUUGGUGAAAAGCAAUAUGUUUGCUCCCUUUGGUGAAAAGCAAUAUGUGUUCAUCAGGAAAGUUAUGGUACACGUGAGAUUGGUUUCAGCAAAUUCUUCAACAAGCUCUCCUACUCUAGGAUCAAGAAUAGACCUUGACAAAGUCCAAACUAUAAUGGAGUCCAUGGGGUCAAAGUUAUCACCAGGAGCUCAGCAAUUGAUGCAUAUGGUUAGGUUUCAGCAGCAGAAUUGUAUUCCCAUUGGAGAGCAGCUUCACUUGGUUUGGGGAAGUACUGGAUACAAGCAUAUGAUUGCACUACAGUCAUCAUCUACUUCAGAAGUCUUAGACAAAUCAUCUUCCACACCUUUUCCUUUUAGAACUGGACUGACAUCUGGAAGCGUAACUAAAAACUUAAAAGCUUACAUUGAUAAAAGCACCCAGCCACCUGGUGAAGGAAAUACUACAAACCUUGACAAAUGUAAAAUUGUGCCACAAAACCAUUCCCUUCUUGAAAAUGAUCUUAAGAAUGCGGUAUCCUCUUUCUUGCCAAAGAAAGGAAGUGACAACUCAGAUAUACCUAACUCUGAGCUGCUGCCUUUUCUCCAAAACUUGUGCAGUCAAGUUAACCAUCUCCAUGUGGGACAUAAUGGCAAGUGGCAGGAAAAUACUGCCAAGCCUUAUGAAGGCAUUAUUGGUGUUGGAAUGGAAGAGCAACCUGUUUACUCUUACUUGGAAAAGCUUCUUUCUAGAAAUAUGGAACUGAUGGAAAAGAAACUCAUGGACUACAUUGAUCAGCGAUUAUAUAAACUCCAGGAGCACAUAGAUGAUAAAAUUGCUUUGUUAGUGGACUUAAUGCAAAAUCCUAACUCUCUAUCCACUGAGAUGCCUCUAAAACAUUAUGACUCUGGAGAAAGACUUUCAAAUGGAGAAAGAUAA